AUGGCGAUUCGGUUAGUCUUUUGCUGCUUGCUUAUUAUCUCGGUCGGAUUUCUGGUCUCCGAUUCCAAGUUUAUGGUAUAUAACACUUCCCAAGGGAUAGUCCCCGGAAAAAUUAAUGUCCAUUUGGUCCCUCACACCCACGACGACGUUGGCUGGUUAAAGACCGUUGAUCAGUAUUAUGUUGGCUCCAACAAUUCCAUCCAGGGGGCUUGCGUGCAAAAUGUGUUGGAUUCUUUAGUUCCCGCUCUGCUGGCUGACAAGAAUCGAAAGUUUAUUUAUGUUGAACAGGCAUUCUUCCAGCGCUGGUGGAGAGAUCAGAGUGAGGCCGUCCAGAGUAUAGUCAAGCAGCUAGUCAGCUCGGGUCAAUUGGAAUUCAUAAAUGGGGGGAUGUGUAUGCAUGAUGAGGCAGCAACGCAUUACAUUGAUAUAAUUGAUCAGACGACUCUUGGGCAUCGGUUUAUUAAAAAGGAAUUUGAUGUGACUCCAAGAAUUGGUUGGCAAAUUGACCCCUUUGGACAUUCAGCAGUCCAGGCUUACUUGUUGGGAGCAGAAGUUGGGUUUGACUCACUUUUCUUUGGUCGAAUAGAUUACCAGGACAGGGAUAAGCGCAAAAAUGACAAGAGCCUUGAAUUUGUUUGGCAAGGUUCGAAGAGUCUUGGUUCAUCUGCUCAGAUUUUUUCUGGUGCAUUCCCUAAGAAUUACGAGCCUCCAUCUGGUUUCUAUUUUGAAGUUAAUGAUGAUUCGCCAAUUGUUCAGGAUGACAUCACUUUGUUUGAUUACAAUGUUCAAGACCGUGUUAACGACUUUGUUGCUGCAGCAGUAUCACAGGCUAACGUAACUCGGACAGAUCAUAUAAUGUGGACCAUGGGAACAGAUUUUAAGUAUCAGUAUGCACACACAUGGUUCCGUCAAAUGGACAAGCUCAUUCAUUAUGUCAACAAGGAUGGACGUGUUAAUGCUCUGUAUUCUACUCCAUCCAUAUAUACUGAUGCAAAGUAUGCUACAAAUGAAUCGUGGCCAAUCAAGACUGAUGAUUUCUUUCCUUAUGCAGAUCGUACUAAUGCUUACUGGACGGGGUAUUUCACAAGUAGACCAGCUUUGAAAUACUAUGUUAGAACAAUGAGCGGCUAUUAUUUGGCUGCAAGGCAACUAGAAUUUUUAAAAGGAAGGACUAAUUCAGGGCCGAACACAGACUCAUUGGCUGAUGCCUUAGCAAUCGCUCAACAUCAUGAUGCAGUCACUGGUACAGAGAAGCAACAUGUUGCCAAUGAUUAUGCAAAAAGAUUGUCGAUAGGCUACACAGAGGCUGAGCAACUAGUUGCAACAUCACUUGCGCACUUGGUUGAGUCUGCUUCAUACACUGGAUCUGGAAACCCAACGACAGAGUUUCAACAGUGCCCACUUCUGAAUAUAAGCUACUGCCCUGCAGCAGAAGUGAAUUUGUCUCAAGGGAAACAAUUGAUUGUCGUGGUGUACAAUUCUCUAGGAUGGAAGAGGAAUGAUGUAAUUCGAAUUCCUGUUAUCAAUGAAGAUGUCACUGUUCAAGACUCUGAGGGAAGAGAAAUUGAAUCACAGCUUCUUCCACUAGAUGAUGCCCAUGUGGGCUUAAGGAACUACUAUGUUAAGGCAUACCUGGGUCGAACUCCAACAAACACACCAAAUUAUUGGCUUGCAUUUACAGUAUCUGUACCGCCACUUGGUUUCAGCACAUACACUAUCUCAUAUGCCAAAGGAGCAGGUGCUUGUUCCACCAGAUCAUCUGUAUACACAUUUCAAGGUAGGGAAAAGUCCACUGUUGAAGUUGGUCAAGGAAAUGUUGAAGAAUUGGUCGAGCAGUCUUACAGUUUUUAUACUGCAUAUAAUGGCAGUAGUGAUAAAGCUCCUCUGAUUCCUCAGAUCACAAGACUUCACAAGGAGAAGGAGCAUGUUGAAGUCGAGUUUAUUGUUGGGCCUAUACCUAUUGAUGAUGGAACUGGCAAAGAAUUUGUAACUCAAAUAGCCACUACCAUGGCUACCAACAAAACUUUCUACACUGAUUCAAAUGGGCGUGAUUUUAUCAAAAGGAUUCGCGACUAUAGAACAGAUUGGGACCUGAAAGUGCACCAACCUCUUGCAGGAAAUUAUUAUCCAAUUAAUCUUGGGAUUUACAUGCAAGAUAACAGGGCAGAGUUUUCAGUUUUGGUGGAUCGAUCUAUAGGAGGGUCCAGCACAGUGGAUGGACAGAUAGACUUGAUGCUCCACAGGAGACUACUGCUUGAUGAUUCAAGAGGUGUUGCCGAAGCUUUAAAUGAAACAGUCUGUGUUCUCAACAAUUGCACUGGACUAAGAAUCCAAGGAAAGUUUUAUUUCAGAAUUGACCCCAUGGGAGAUGGUGCUAAGUGGCGUCGUUCUUUUGGUCAGGAGAUAUAUUCCCCUCUUCUAUUAGCCUUUGCUGAACAGGAUGGAGAUAACUGGAAGAAUUCUCAUGUAACCACUUUCUCAGGGGUUGGUUCCUCGUACAGUUUACCUGAUAAUGUUGCUCUUAUAACUCUUCAGGAGCUUGAUGAUGGAAAAGUUCUCCUUCGAUUAGCACAUUUAUAUGAGAUUGGAGAGGACAAGGAUCUUUCUGUAAUGGCAAAUGUAGAGCUGAAGCAGCUCUUCCCAAGGAAGAAGAUUGGCGAAGUUACAGAGAUGAACUUAUCGGCAAAUCAAGAAAGAGCAGAAAUGGAGAAAAAGAGACUGGUUUGGAAAGUGGAAGAAGGCUCUGCCGAAGAAGCAAAGGUUGUGAGGGGUGGAAGGGUUGAUCCUGCAAAACUGGUGGUGGAACUUGGCCCAAUGGAAAUCCGAACCUUUCUCAUUGAGUUUAAGCAAAGGUUCCGUCGUGAUAUAGCUGAUGCCUAA